AGCAACAAUGGGUAACUGGAUUAUCAACCACGGGCUGACUGCCUUUAUACUGGUGCUUUGGAUGGGCAUAAACAUAUUUCUGUUUGUCUACUUCUACUUCUUCUACGAUCUGGGAGAUCAGUUUAUCUACACUCGACAUCUUUUAGGGUCUGCUCUGGCAUGGGCGCGUGCACCUGCUGCGGUGCUGAACUUCAACUGCUUGCUGAUCCUGCUGCCGGUGUGUCGCAACCUUCUCUCCCUCAUUCGAGGAUCCUUCAUGUGCUGUGGGCGCACCAUGAGGAAACAACUGGACAAAAAUCUCAGUUUCCACAAGCUUGUGGGCUACACGAUCGGCUUGAUGACAGCGGUCCACACAGUUGCUCAUCUGCUAAAUGUGGAGUGGUACUACAACAGCAUCCGGGGAGAGUAUGAUGCUCUGAGCAGGGCACUGUCUGCUCUGGAGGAUGGCACCAACACCACCUACCUCAACCCCAUUCGCUCCAACACCACUACCCCGACACACUUCGUGUUCACCACGCUGGCGGGUAUCACUGGCGUGAUUAUCACUCUGGCGCUCAUCCUCAUCAUCACUUCCUCCAUGGAGGUCAUCCGCCGCAGCUACUUCGAGGUCUUCUGGUACACGCACCACCUCUUCGUGGUCUUCUUCAUCGGACUGGUCAUCCACGGCGCAGGGCGGAUUGUGAGAAGCCAAACCACAACCAAUCCAAUUCACAACACAACGUUUUGCUUUAAUCGAUCAAACGAAUGGGGGAAAAUUCCAGAGUGUCCGUUACCUCAGUUUGCCGGAGGAUUCCCACAGACGUGGAUGUGGGUGAUUGGGCCAAUGUUCAUCUACCUGUGUGAGCGCCUGCUGCGUUUCAUCCGCUAUGUACAGAGAGUCACCUACAGGAAGAUUGUGAUGCGUCCGUCCAAAGUGCUGGAGCUGCAGCUGGUGAAGAAGGGCUUCAAGAUGGAGGUGGGCCAGUACGUCUUCCUCAACUGCCCGGCCAUCUCGCAGCUGGAGUGGCACCCCUUCACCAUGACCUCGGCCCCCGAGGAGGACUUCUUCAGCGUGCACAUCCGCUCCGCCGGGGACUGGACCGAGAAGCUCAUCGACAUGGUGCAGCAGCUGCCUGAAGGUGCACAGGGACCCAAGAUGGGUGUGGAUGGUCCCUUCGGCACCGCCAGUGAGGAUGUGUUUGACUACGAGGUCAGCAUGCUGGUCGGGGCCGGUAUCGGAGUCACCCCCUUUGCCUCCAUCUUGAAAUCCAUCUGGUACAAGUUCAAGGAGUCCAACCCCAAGCUGCGAACCAGGAAGAUCUACUUCUACUGGUUGUGCAGAGAGACACAUGCUUUCGAGUGGUUCGCUGACCUGCUGCAGGUGCUGGAGGCGGAGAUGGAGGAGAGGGGCAUGGGCAAUUUCCUGACCUACAAACUCUUCCUCACCGGCUGGGACAAAACCCAUGCUACUCAUGCAAUGGUACAUUUUGAUAACGACAAGGAUAUCGUCACUGGAUUGAAGCAGAAGACCCAUUAUGGACGACCCAACUGGGACAAAGAAUUUGAGCAAGUUCGCAAGGAGAACCCCACUUCCGUGGUAGGCGCCUUCCUCUGUGGGCCAGCAGUCCUUGGCAAGACUCUGGAGAAGAAGUGUGUGAAAUUCUCGGACGUCGAUCCCCGGAAAACAAAGUUUUACUUCAACAAGGAGAACUUCUGAGCGCUGAAGUGCUCUCUGGGGAAAGAAAAUGGAUGUUUAUCAAAGGUGGUGGUUGCCGAUUGAUGAUUGUCACACAGUUGAACCCCUUAAGGCUGCCUUAGAUGACUCUUUAAACAAGGACGAGAUGGGCAGAGGAGACCUACAGUCAUAUUGACUAGGAGUUUCAUCAGUGGCUUUGCAACCGAUCCCACCCUCCUAUUGUUUAAUUUUUCUAUCAGAACAACACUUAAAUUGGAUGUGGGGUUACAAAUUAGUUAAUGAAAUCAUAGGCAUAUAUAAUUGAAUUGUUGUUUUUUUCAUAAUGGGCUCCAAAAGGAAAGCUGAAAUAGACAUUAUAAAAGUGUUGGUCUCCAUCCAUUAUUAGCCCACGUCUCAAGGCAUCCGCCAUCGUAACUAUUUAUUUCCUGUAGGGAAUACUGCAAGACCAUGCCUGACCGACCACCCAUGGACAUAAUGGAUCUUCAUUGACUAAUCACUGUGUGCUGUGCACAUUAGACUUUCUAUUCUUCAUACCUUGGUAUGAGAUUUGAUGGUCUACAUAAGGCUCACAUGAGCCUCUUAUGACUUAUCAAUGGCAAGAACAUUCCAUGACAUGUACUGUACACUUUAUCCAAAGCAAUACUUGGGGUGGGACUCGUUACUCCUGUCUUCUCCUGUUGCUUCUGGCCUUGUGACGUCAUCGAUGUUCAAUAUCUCACAAAAGCACAAUGCAAGGGUCAUUAUCUCAUUUGCAAUUUGGAUGUUGAAUGUGGAAACGCCCCCCAAACAAUUGCUCCGCCUACAUUGACAGUGGGGAAACUUAAUUCUUUAAUUUCUCCUCGGAGGCAGGGCGACACCAAAGCAAGGAGCCACGAGUAACAGGGAAGGACAGGAGGAAGUGAAUUGAGCUCCAAACUUAGUUAUUUAGGUAUUGGUUAGUCUGUGGAGCUGUUGAUGCAUUUGCUCAAGGGAA